GACAGUUAUUUAGCCAUGUUCGCGUUACCAACUUUGCACUUUACGCCUCAGCAAGUUGCACAGGUCUGCGAAACUCUCGAGGACAGCGGGGACAUCGAGCGCCUCGGCCGCUUUCUGUGGUCACUUCCGGUUAACCCAUCCGCUUUGGAAGCUCUUAACAAGCACGAGUCGAUCCUUCGAGCGCGCUGUCUUGUCUGCUUCCACACCGGAAACUACCGGGACAUGUACCACAUCAUCGAAAGCCACAAGUUCGGGAAGGCGUCCCACGCAAAGCUACAGGCCAUGUGGCUAGAGUCCCACUAUCAAGAGGCCGAGAAGCUUCGCGGUCGGCCGCUGGGACCCGUUGACAAGUAUCGCGUUCGGAAGAAGUUCCCGCUUCCCCGGACCAUCUGGGACGGCGAGCAGAAAACGCACUGUUUCAAGGAGCGAACUCGGAACCUCCUGCGCGAGUGGUACCUACAGGACCCAUACCCAAACCCCACCAAGAAGCGAGAGCUGGCGCAGGCGACGGGGCUGACCCCUACACAGGUCGGCAACUGGUUCAAAAACCGCCGCCAAAGGGACCGGGCAGCUGCCGCUAAGAACCGCCUGAACAGUCAGUCCGGUGACGGUUCCCGUCUCGAGCAGUACCAGGGAUCCUCUCCGGACCGCGACUCCUCUACCGACUUCGACGAUAUCGACGUCGAUGACAAGUCCUUUGACGACGACGACGACGAAAAAAUUGAUAUCGAGAACGAGGACGACUCGAUCCUGCGUUCCCCCGUUUCCGUGAAUUCUGGUCACGCGACGUCAUCACCGCCGCAGAUUUCGCCUACCUGACUAUAUGGCCUGCAGAACCGAGAUUUAUCACCGUCGUCGUCGUCGCUUCCGGCAGGGGUACAUGCCCCAACCGUGGGCCCUUAACCUCGCCACCGCCAGGGGGCCACAUAACCCCCUGGGUAGUCGCUCCCGUGAGGUCCUUCGGAAUUGACGAUAUUUUGCACAAACCUUUGGACUUUUCGCAGGGUAAUUUACAGCAACUGCAGAAUAACUUAAGUCAAAUACACCAUAGUUUUCCGUACAAAUACAUGAACAAUUAUCUGUCUAAUUAUCCGCGCACAAAUCACGCACACACCGUUACGUCGCGUGAUUUGGUGCAGACGGCAAACAAAACUGAAACCACGUGUCGGGAAAGUCCGGAAACUAACGGGGCGAGCCGAUCCGGCAGCGAAGAUUAGUGCCAGCUUGUAUUUGUUUAGUAGAUCUACCGGCAACUAACAUGGAACCGGAAAUUAAUAAGCUUUACUUAUGGGGUUUUAAUGGUCGGUGUGUUUUCUAUGUAAAUAUCUUAAUGUCGACGGCGAUCUUGGACAAUAGCUGUCAGGAUUAAUUUGAAUCUGUAACUCUCCGAGACCCAAGUGCGCGGCGGAAGUGCCAUGUCCGCAUGCGCAGUGGGUCAGUGCUACACCCGGACAGAUUCGUCCGAAUGCGUACAGCAUUUUUACGUAUAGAAACGUGAUAAGUAUUUAGGGGCAUUACGCAUUAUGCAAAGUAAAGAUUUUUCGAAGGUUUAAUUAUGUGGCGAUUUUUUUUAUCAAUUUAAUACUGACACGAUAUCUUUUUGCUAUGUUUAUAUUUUAUUAGUAAACGCUGCAGUGAUAAGGUUCGGAUCAAUUUUUGCUAUUUCAUACUUUUCCCCACAUUCAAAUGUAAUUUAUAUACAUCUUGUUGAUAAAUUAUAUGAAAACUAAAAUGCUAGCGACGGCAUGAACAAUUAACGUGCUAUUUCAAUAUUUGUAUAACUGUGUUCUUGAUUAUGUUGAAUUAUUAUCUGGUUUCUCGUCAUUGGAUCCUGUUAUUUAUGAAACAGUUUUUAUGAAAAAUAGUUUUGUUCUGAUAAAUUUUAAUGUACGUGUUGUAAAAUUAAUAAAAUAAUUUAAAAAUUAUUAUUACCAUUAUUAUUAUUAUUAUUAUU